UUGCCAGAUAGUGCACAGUACAUAAAGACGCGGCCCCAAGUCCCCUCCCACCGCCCCAGUUCGCGACUGCGGCGUGUGCGAAGCAGACACGUGGCGGUCAUUAUACGGAUUUUACGCAAAAAAAUGGCGCGCACUAAAGUUAAUAAAAGAAAGAAAGGUAACCACACUGCUGAUAACAUGCUUCAGGCUAUCAGACAUUAUAGGCUAGGAUGGAGUAUCAGAAAAACAGCUAAAGAGUAUAAUGUAUGCUAUCCAACACUGCAACAUUACAUUAAAAAAAUGUAA